AGUAUUCUUGUACGGAAGUGUGAAGAGUCAAUCACUAUUAAAGCGAUAUAUAUCAUCUGAUCGUAAUCGGUUUCCUUCUCUUCCCCUCUUUUAUGGCUAUUAAAUUUAAGCCGCAGUACCGCCCAUUGCCACCAUUUCAGCAUGAGUGGCUCGGCGGGAUACUUAAGUUGCUUCAGUCUUCUAACAAGCCCUCUUGUCUUCUCUUUCAGACAUGCUACGAGAUGGAGAGGUACCUGAAGGACGAGCCGAAGCUACAAUCGUACAAAAAACUUCCCACGGAACUGGACACAGCGCCCUGGAACCUCUUCAGGGCACCAUCGAUCUCGUGGACGACGUCCACUGGAACGAGUACACAAUUCGACGCCCCAAUCAAAAUGGAGGUAACGACGUCGUCAGACGAAAGGGAUCCUCUCUGUCUGGACGAUAUUAAAUUCAGCCCUGGCGAUCAUAAUGAAAAUGGCCGCGAUAGGGAUCUUCUCGAUCGUCACCUUGACUCCUUAUCGAUGUCCUCGGCGAGUUCGGCGUGUUCAGCACUGUCCUGGGACAGCUCACCCUCCCUCUCUUGUACGGCGCUCAUUCUUAAAAAAGAACCGAGCGAAGACCUUGAGGAGGAUGAGGAGCACGAGGAGAUCGAGGAGGAGGAGGACAGCGGAUGCGAAAGCGAAGGUCAGAUCCUGACGCCGCCGUCGAGUCCCGGGUCGGGUCAAGGUCAUUCCAACUCCAGUCACUCGUCGAGUGGGAGUUCGAUGCUCGACGUGCACAACCUCAACCUUCACGGCACGGGCGGGAGGAGUGCUAUCGUCAGGGUUACCGCUGGGAACGCGCAGGGUGUUGCAAGACUGAUCUCCGUCACGGCGAACGGCUUCCCCGCGGUGGCCGGCACGCAACACGCGCACACGGGCGCAACCGCGGCCACGACCACCGUGACUAACAGGCACCACGCGAGGAGCAACGAGCACAGUCCGCCCGACACGAAACGCAGGAUACACAAAUGCCAAUUCCCCGGAUGCAAGAAGGUUUACACCAAGAGCUCGCAUCUCAAGGCCCAUCAAAGGACGCACACGGGUGAGUGAAUCGAUGCAGCUCUGUGUCUAUACCUAUAGUGGCUGAUCCGAGGCUGCAGAUGUGUAUAUCGGGGCUGUCGAUAAAUCAGUCGGUUCAAAUCGCCACUGGCGCGAGAUAAUCCGAUAGACCGCCGCGACACGCCGCGUGUGAAUCCAAAUAGUCCAUAAGAGCGACGCGAUGAAGCUAAACUCGUGAUUACGACGAGUUACGCGCGCAAUGAAUACGUGCGCGUUCAUACGCGCGGAUAUACGCAUCGGGCGUGAGUUAUAACAGAUUUUUCAAACCGCUGCCGGGCUCUACCGCUACGGGAAAACAACGGGAGUAUAAUUAAUUACGGGAACCGAAUUAAGGGUGCUUCGUUAUUCGUGUCGACGCGCUCGCGAGAUGGCAUCUCGCUGACGAAACAAAGCGGACAAAUGUAGCGCUCAUUCGCGCGCACUCUGACGCAUUUAUCUCCGAUCGAGUCAGAACAUUCGCGCACGAUUCUCUAAUUGAUUAUUGUCAUUGGAAGCAUUUUUCUAGAUGCUCUUUUCAUAGAAGGGAUAUAUUCUUCUCUAAAAAAUCAAUAUGUGUGUAAAUUAAACCGGUUUAACGCGUUUUGAUUAAAUCUAUUAAUUUUGUUGGGUUGUUGCUCUGUUAGUUUUUAUAUUUCUCUUUGACUUUUCAUAAGGCUUAAUAUAUCUAAAGUAUUAUUAAAAGUUCUUUUAUUCUUUAAUGUUUAAACAAAGACACGUUACCUAUCGCAAUUACGAAAAA